GGAAGCCAGCUGCCUAGCGGAAGGUCGGCGGCGGCCCGCCUCGCUGAUCGCGAUGGAGCGGCGGAGCAGCAGCGGCGCGGGGAGCUGCCUGGGGCUGCUGGCGGUCGCCGUGGUGUCGACGAGCGUCAUCCUCGUCUCCUACCGCCUCCACCGCCGCCUGGAGGCGGACCUCAGGGUCAUGAUACUCGGCGAAGGCGACGGAGCCGCGGACCAGGGCCGGCGCCGCACGAAGAAGAACAAGAAGGUGCGCUUCGCGGCCGACGUGGCGGAGCCGUCGUCCAGCCGAGAGGAGUACCGGCGGCGGCGGGCGUCGACGGCGGCGGCGGUCACCCGAGCAAGAUAGCACGCCGCCGCCGCGCGUCAGCCUGACUUGUGGUGCAUGGCUGUGUAGCUUGCGUGACGUGGCGGCAUGCACGUUCAGCUGCCGUACGUAAGCCGUUGCGGUUUCCGUGGGCUGUGUGUGCUUGUUCAGUGCGAAUCGACGCGUGUGCUUGCAUGCCGUAUGAGACAAACAAACGGAAACAAACAAACUCGAUCUUUCCAGGCUCCGAUCCAUGAGUUUCAUAACCAAACACCAUCCAUGUGCAUGUACUGGGAACCUGACGGUAAAGAUACAACUUGGCUCAUCUAAGAAG